AUGAGCAUUUAAUUUUUCGAUGAGCUUAAGCAGUUCCUUGCAGGUUCUUAAAAUCCAAAUAAUGAAUACAGAAAGCAUGCUGAAGCUGAAAUCAGAAGAUUGCGCGAUCAGGAUCCUAGAACUUUCAUUGCAUCUCUUACGAAGGAAAUAGCUGAUGAAAGCAAUCCCAAUGAAGUUAGAAUGAUGGGAGCAUUGGUAUUCAAAAAUUUCGUUUCAAACAGAGGAGGAGUAAAUAAUAAGUCCAAAUUUAAUGUGAUUUUUUAGGACCAAAGGUACGAGGACUAUUGGAUCAAUCUCGAAAGAGAGUUCAAAGAUUAUAUAAAGGAUGCAGUCCUAGCAAGUUUAGCUUGUCCAAAUGGAGCUGUGAGAAAGCAAGUAGCUAACGCCAUUGCAGCUAUCGCUUCGAUUGAGGUACCAAGAAAUGAGUGGCUUGAGAUCAUUCCAAAUCUUUGCAACAAUGCAGCCAACGAAUCAAUUGACAUUGUAAAUGCCUCAGUUGAGACCCUUGGAUUUAUUUGUGAAGAGAUUGAACCUAACUAAAUCAAUGACCAACUAAAAAGUCUUAUCAUUCAAGCAAUGACUCGUAAUAUUUAUGCUGAUCCAGCUCUUCAGAAUACUACAACAUUAGCAAUCAAAGCUUUUUACUUAGCUUUACCCUAUGCUACUCAAAACUUUAGAGUCGUUCAUGAAAGAGAUUACAUUAUGGGAAGAUUGUUCGAUGCAUUUUCAUCUCCUGAGGAAGAUAUAAGAACUGUAGCUAUGCAGACUUUGGUAGAUAUUGGAAGAUAAGAAUAUGAUAGUAUUGAAUAUUACUUCUAAAAGAUAUGUGAGAUUACUGCAACUAUAGCCAGAAAUGACGAAGAAAAAGUUGGUGCUCAAGCUAUUGAGUUUUGGACAAGUCUAGCAGAGGAGGAAAUAAGUAGAUUAAAGAAGAGGUAAAAUUUUAAAGGAUACAUUAACUAAUGCUGCAAAGACUUGGUAUGCUUGCUACUUGAUUGUGUUUAAAGGGUUAAUAUCGAUGAGGAGGAUGAAGAUGAUGAUGAAUUAAGUGUAGCACUAUCAUCUGGGUGCUGUUUAGCUGCUAUUGCUUAGCUGAACGGAGAUCAAAUUCUUGAUAUGGUAAUUGAGUUUGUUUCCUAAAAUAUUGGAAGUCAAAACUGGAAACAAAGAUACAGUUCAUUGUUAGCACUAGGUGCAAUCACGGAAGGACCUGAGAAAUUAAACUAUGUUAACAAGAUCAUGCCAGGACUUUAGGCUUUACUCGAUAAAUUCUAAGAUAAUCAUGCCUAAGUUAGAUGUGCAGUUGCUUGGGUAUUCUCAAAGAUAUGCGAGAAUCAUAGUGAUGUCAUUAUUAUGUAUACUCCCUCAGAUAAAUUUAUUCCAAUUCUUCUUAUGGCUCUUAAGGACAAGCCUAAGAUAUCUAAUCACGUUUGUAGAAUAUUUGAAAAUCUAUGUCAGUCAUUGAAUUAAGAGAGAGACCAAAGAAGCAACUAUUUAACAGGAUAUUUCCAAGCUAUUUCAAAUGAACUGAUAUAAAAUGCCUACAGAACUGACUUUGAAGGUUCAUCUGCCGAUCUAUUACUUGCAAGCUUCUUGGCUCUAUCUAUUCAUCUUGAGAAAGCAGGAUCUGAUUCCUAUGAAGUCUUAUUUUCAAUGCUGAUACCUGUACUUCAAUUUAUUGAUGAUACUCUUGAUUUUGGUAAAUUUGGAGAGAAAAAAUCCAAAGAACUCCAAGACUAUCUUUCCGGAGUAUUGUAAGUGAUCUUGGCAAAGGUUGGAAGUGCCGUCAGUGAUGAUUUGAGCAGCUAAAUAAUCUAGUUAUUGAUUAAGUUAUUCUAAGCUCAAAAGAGAGUGACUGAAAACGGCCUCAUAGCCUUUAGUGGAUUAUGCAACGGCCUGGGUGAGAGAGUUAAUAUUAGCGAAUUCGGAAUCUAUAUUUGCUACGCUCUCAAAGGCUAAGAUGAUGAGUGUGUGCGAUUAGCCUGCGGUAUCAUAAGUGAUCUCGCAAAUGCUUUAAAAUUCAAAGUGACUACUUUUCUUAAGGAAUUCGUUCCCCUUUUGUUUGAAAUCCUUAAAGAUUAAAACCAAGAUAGAAACUCAAAGUUAUAAGCAAUAAUCGCAUUAGGAGAUUUAGCCAUGAACUCAGGCAACUCUUUUAUGGAGGAGUAUUUGGAGGAGACUCUUAAGAUUUUAGAAAGUGCUUGCAAGCUCAGUACUUAAAUAAUCUCAGAAGACGAUGACUCAGAUCUUUAUCUGUAUUUAGACAACCUCAGAUCUUCCCUCGUUGAGUGCUAUGUCACUAUUGUUUAGGGACUUGAAGAGGCUUCGAUUAAUGCAAAGUAGAUCUUUGUUAGAUACUCUCCUGCUUUAUUCUUGUUCUUGCAAUAGAUAGUAUAAAAUGAGAUUAAUCCUUCAAAGGUAAUUUAACUUUUCUUCUAACAUUUUUUAUAGGAGUAACUUAGAAAUGCACUUGGGUUGAUAGGAGAUAUCGCAAGCGCAGUUGGAAGACAUGUCUAAAACCUUCUAACUUAGCCAUUUGUUGAAAAGUUGACUUUAAUUCUAAAGAAUGAUCCUGAUCAAUAUAGCAAAGAAGUAGCUGAAUUCACAUAUCAAUCUAUAGCUCAAGCAGUCAUGCAAAGCUGA